CUCAUGCAUGCCUGACGUAUAUGGCACACGAAUGCAACUAUAGCAACUGAGAAUGCCAAAUGGCAGCCGGUCAAACAGCUUGCGGCAGACCUGCCUUUUCAGCAAGGGGCAAAGCAGUGGCUUCACGAUGCCUAAUUGGUGCUUAAAAGUACGUACAUGAAAAGUAUAUGCAGCUGAGCGACCGGCGAAUGGUGCCCGGCGACUAUCGGCCGGGCUCAUACGCUGCUGCCUACCUGCAGCAACAAGCUGAAUCAGCAGCACGGAGGCCCUCUUCGACUGAGCGCCAGCGCGCUCGCCGGGAGGAGGCAGUUUGGGACGGGGGCCACGGACCGGAGCGGCAGGACAGCAGCGACGCAGCCGCUGAGGCCACGGAGCCGGUCGCGAACCAGGGCAGCUAUGCGGCCAUUGCCGCAGCAGCUGCGGCCGCAGCCAACGCUGCGGCCGCGCCAACCACGGGCUCGCCGGGCCGACCGGCCAGUGCCAGGGGCCACGGCACCCGCUCGCCCAGCCCCUCUCCACCCCGGGCGUCAUGGGACCCAAGCGUGAGCAGGCCCGCAACCACGGUCCUGGCACAGGCCACCCAGAUGCGGAUGGCCCGCUUGCGGCGCUUGGCCCAGCGCCAGGCGCAGAUUCAGCAGCCGCCUCCCGCACGCGGCGGCAGCCUCACCAGCUCCGGCCCCCUGCAGGCCGGGCCGCGCGCCUCCAGCGCCCGCGCCUCGGCCUUGGGCUGGCUGAGCCGCGCCCCGGUGCUUUUGUCGGCGGUGCUGCAGCAGCAGCCGCAGCUGUAUGACCGGCAGCGGCUGUCUGCAGUGGAGCGGUUCAUUGAUGUGCUGGACGAGCUGCCCAGCCGGUACAGGGACGCGCAGGUGCUGUACCUGAGCAAGAACUCGCUGACCAGCGUGUCGGGGCUGGAGCAGUUCGGGUCGCUGCGGGUGCUGGGGCUGGCCGACAACCUGCUGUCGGAGCCGGGGCAGGUGGAGGCGCUGGCGGCGGCAUGCCCCGGGCUGGAGGCGCUGUCGCUGGAGGGCAACCCCCUGGCAAUGGUGCCGCACUACCGGUCGCGGGUGAUCCUGGCUCUCCCCGGGCUCAAAGCUCUGGAUGGGCGGCCGGUAACGGACGAGGAGCGCGCGGCGGCGCCCGGCGAGCUUGCGGCAGAAGAGGCCACGGUGGCAGUGCUUAUGCGCAACGCCUGCGAGGUGCACAACAUGGCCAGUGUGGUGCAGCGCGCGCAGCUGCACAUGGAGCUGCUGCACACCAUGUACAGCCGCGGCGCCGUCAUGGCGCGCGUGGAAGCACUGGGGGACGCGGCGUCAGCGGCUGCGGAGGGUCGCGGCGGCGCGCGCAGCUUGACACGGCUGGUGGAGCUUUGGGACUACGAGGGAGGGAUGGGCGCAGAGGAGCGGCGGAAGAUCCGCGGCGCAUUGCUGCGGGAGGUGGGCCGCAUGUACCGCCAGAGCCGCGCGGCACAAGGCGCUGGCCGGUCACCCGGCUGGGAGGACGCAUUCGCACAGGUGAUGAUGGCGCAGCAGCAGACCACCGCGGCGCUGUUGGACCUGUUGGCGCAGUGCCAGGCGGCGCUGGACGAGCUGCUCCGCAGCAUGGCGGCCACCGCGGGGCCCCACACCAGCUCGUGGUCGGCAGCGGCAGCAGGCGGCAGCGGCGCGCAGGGCGCCGGGGUGUGGGAGGAGAAGGCGCCGGCAGGGCGUGCUGCCGCCGCCCGGCCUGCGCUCAAGUCUGCGCUCAAACGCACCGCACACCAGCGCCAGUCUGCCGACGGCGCUGCGGCCGAGGCGUCUGCCGCCCGGCGCUCGGGCAGUGGCGCCGGCGGGAGUCAGCACGGCGGAGACGAGGAGGAGGACGCGGCAAUGAUGGGCAAUCUCUCCGACGACGAGGGGUUACUUGUUCGCCGCCGUCGCAAGUCCCCGUCGCCGCAACGAUGGCAGUCUGCGCGCUCCUCGCCGCCCCCGCCAGAGGCAGAAGAGCAACUCCUGCGCGCGCGACGGGGAGUAGUGGCGUCACCGGUCAGAGCGGGAAGCACACCAGCAGCAGGGCUGCGGCCGGCGACCGGGCGCACUGCCGAGUCCCGCGAUGUUGGCACCGCGACCGCCGCGAAGGCAACGCAAUCUGCACGGGCUCCGCUCCGGCAGCAGCUGCCGUGGUCUGCGGGCCCGGGUCUCGCGUCGGCAACCACAGCUGGCGGCACGGGCGGCAGCAGCUCAGGAUCAACGGACCGCACACGGCCGUGGCUACAGCGCCGGUCGCGGUCUGUUGACGCGGCGACUCUGCGCCGCGGCGGGAGCAGUGCACGUGGUGCUGCUGCAGGGGGUACCAAAGCCACGGCUACGCCUGCGGCUGUGGGCGAAGGCGCCGACGACCGGCGCCGCGCAUCAUCCGUCUCGCCCACGAAGAGGCUGCAGUCGCCGCCGCUCAACCACCCUGCCGCGUGGCGUCCUCCCGGGGCGGCACCGCCAGGCUGGAGCUCGCCGGCUGGAGCUGCCUCGCCCUCGCCCGACUACAAGGUCGCGGCGCAGGCGGUGGAGCGGGCGGUGCGGGCGCAGUGGACCGAGGAGCAGGUGGACGCCGGCGUCCGGCCGAACGCAGCGCUGACCGCCGCUGCCGCUGGCGGCCUGGCGGAUGGGGCCUCGCCGAUGCGCCAGUCGGGCCAGUGGGCGGACCUGCCAGAGCGAGGUGUGUCAGCCUCGCCUGAGGUGCUGGGGCGGCGCCAGGGCCUCAGCCAGCAGUGGCAUGGCGCAGCGCACAGCCUGCCAGCGCACCACGCGCGCCGGUCGCUCCAAGGCGCGCUGUCUGACUCUUCGGCACCGUCGGGCGCCACUGUGGGCUCCUCCGCGCCUCCGUCCGCCCAGGCGCGGCGCAACCCCGCGCCCGCAGACGCUCGGGCGGCGCUGCUGCGUGCGUCCUCUCCGGCGGCACCACUUGCUGCCGGCGGAGCUCGCACUCGAAACGCCGCCGGCAACGCCGCGGGUGGCGCUGCCUCUUGGUCACAGAUCGAUGACUUACGCCGGCAGGUGGAGGAGUCAGUGGCGGAGACGGCUCGGCUCCGCCACAUUGCUGACUUGGCAGCCCAGCCCAUUCCCGCUCGCAGCCCUCUUCCCUCCACGGGCCUUGACACCAGGCCCAAUGCGCAGCUGCGGGCGUCAUGGCAGCUGCAGGCUGAGGUGGCGCCGCUGGCGCCGUCCUCGCGGCCGCACCCUGCCACAGACGCGGGUCCGCCCUACGCCCAGCUGGCGCCGCCGCCAUGGGCGAUGGUGGCGCCGCAAGCGCAGGCGUGGGGCGUGUCCUGGAGUAGGCUCUGCCCUGCGGCAGGAUGACCACGCUCCAGGACACGAAACGAAGGCGUAACGAAGCCGCCUGCUGGGCUGGCGCCGCCGGUGUGGGAUGUAGUGUGUUUGGCUGCGCUGUCUGCCCUUGACUCGGGCCGGCAGCAGGUGAUUAUGACUGGCUUGCGUGUGCGUCGGGCUCUGACGUCGGCGGAAGUCAUGCGCAUCAGUGUGUCCGUUAUUGCUGAUUUCUGGGGCCGGCUGCAAUCGUAUGUCACUCUCGGCCUCCGCCCGAAAGUCUGGGCCACGGUGCCUGCGCACCAUCCGUUCCUCUCGCGGGGUGCGGGUGACUGUGUGCUGCUAGUGUUGCCUGAUGAUGUGGGCUACCCGCCCCCCUCGCCUUAAUUUGCUCGUGGGUGGUGGGAGCGGUGUGCCUCUGGUGUGUGCGCUGUGGGUGUGGGGCGUCGACGUGGGCGUCGCCGGACUACGUGCCCGGUGUACCUGCGUUGACGCCUCGCCGGUUUGAUUGCGCCGCGUGCGCUAGUGCGGUUUGCUGUACGUUGGUGGGGCUCUGGCGGGCUUUGGCUUAGCUUCGACUCGCUGUGCAGUUGCCGCGACACGCUUUACGCGAAGACCUGUUGCACGGUUGUGGAAGGUCGGUAGCCAACUGGGGGGAGGGUGGUUUCCUUUCGGGCCGGAGAUGGUCCCUCUUGACCUGGGUGCUGGGCACCCUUGCUUGGUCGGAUUGUCCCUUCUUUGUAAUAUCGCAACCAU